AUGCCCAAGUUCUUCUGCGACUACUGCGAUGUCUAUCUCACGCACGACUCCAUGAGCGUGCGCAAGGCCCACAACAGCGGCCGAAACCACCUGCGAAAUGUGGUAGACUACUACCAGCAGAUCGGCCACGAGAAGGCCCAGUCAGUCAUUGACUCCAUCACCUCCUCCUACGCCGCCGAGGGUCAAGCCCACGCGAACCCUAUGCUUCCUCACAACCAGCCGGGCCAGGGUUUCCACCCGCCCCCGUUCCCGUUCCCUGGAGGUGUCCCUCCUCCCUUCCCCGGAAUGCCUGGCGCUCCUCCGGGCCAGUUCCCUCAGGGCCUUCCCCCACCUCCCGGCGGCGCCCGCGGCAUGCCCAUGCCUCCUUUCCCUCCCGGCCCCAACGGACUCCCUCCUAACGGUCUUCCUUUCCCGCCACCGGGCGGCCUACCUUUCCCACCUCCUGGUGUCGCCGGAGCUCCUGGUGCUCCCGGUAUGCCUGCCUUCCCUGGUAUGCCCGCUAUGCCCGGCAUGCCUGGUAUGCCUCCACCGGGCCAGUUUCCUCCCGGUGUCGUCCCUCCAGGAUUCGGUGCUCCUGGAGCACCAGGUGUCCCUGGUCAGGACAAGCGAUGA